AUGUCUUUCAGAAACACAACAAACGAGCAAGUUAAAGCUGUUGAAAUCUGCUCUUGUCAUCUGAUGGAUCAACUCCUCAAUGAAUAUGUCGACACUGAAACAAAAACAACAACAACUUUCAUCAACAAGAAUGUUGAAGGUGAUGACUGUGAAAUAGACGACGACGAUGAUAAUGAUGAUGAUAACAACAAACAUAGAAAUGAUGAUGAUGAUUCAGGGAAACAUGAUUCUGAUGAGUUCACCACCAGUAGCGAAAAGGGCAAUGAUGGUGAUGAAGAGUAUGAGGAUGAUGUUUACAGAAACAUCAGUGACAGCAACAGCGAUGACUCCAUGUUUAGGAAAACAGUCAUCAUCAACAAUGACGUCAUCAUUAGCAAUAACAAUGACAUCAUAAACAACGACAGCGAAGGCGGCAGUUUCCACAAAACCGCAUUCUCCCACUCAACACCAAAACAGGAACUUCAAGAACUACAACAGAACAACACGCAACUGAUUGACAAACUCAAAAAUUUAGACAAGAGUUUUUCAGAGAGUUCAGGUUAUAGUGCAUUUUAUGAUGAAAUUUUUAACAACAUUGAUUUUAAAAUUAACAGGACCAAAAACUCUAGUGAAGAUGAUGAUGACGGUGAUGAAAGUGACUGGCUCCAACCUAUCUACUUUGGUUCGGAAAGCAACAACAGCUACAAAAACAGCACACUCACGAAUGUUACACAAAUGAAUGAUGACAGUUUCAACGUAAGUUUGGUAUCAUCAAUCUGGGAGGCUGAGAGUGGAAGGCUUCCUUGCAAACGCAACAUCAAUGACAUCAACGAUAUCAAACACAGUACAAGUGUUAAAAACGACAAUAACACUAACGAAAAUGAUGGUGACCUUUCUUGCAAGAUCAAAUUUGACUUCCACAAAUAUAUCAAGUACAACCAAAACAGCAGCAAGCACAUCAACCUGAGCUCAAGUGAAGAAGAUUACACUAAAGAAAGUUACUGGCUCUCUCCCAUAUACUUUGAUUUCAACACCACCAACAACAACAACAAAAAAAACACCAACAACAGUAUCAGCCGCACCGCCAACAAAAUAAACAAUGUCAUAAACCAAAAAAUUCAAAAAAACAUCGGCGAAAACAUCAGCGACAACAAAAACCACACUAAACAAUUUAACUUCAGUUUAAUCGAGGAAGAUGAAAGUGAUGAAAGUGCCUGGCUUUCCCCCAUCUACUUUAAUUUUAACACAACACCCAACGACAACAACAACAUCAGCAACAAAAUAAAUUAUGACAUAAACCAAAAAAACCAAGAAAAAAUCUACGAAAACAUCAGCGACAACAAAAACCUCACUAAACAAUUCAACUUCAGUUUAAUCGAGGAAGAUGAAAGUGAUGUAAGUGCCCCCAUCUACUUUAAUUUCAACAAAACACCCAACGCCAACAACAACAUCAGCAACAAAAUAAAUAAUGACAUGAACCAAAAAAACUACUACGAAAACAUCAGCGACAACAAAAACAACAACAAACACAUCAACUUCAGCUUAAUCGAGGAAGAUGAAAGUGAUGAAAGUGACUGGACCUCUCCCAUCUACUUUGAUUUUAACAACGCCAACAACAAUGAUAUUUACAAUCAAAACAACAUGAAAUUUAACAUUCAACUUUUUUCAAGAUCAGUUGCAGCAGCAACAACAACUACAACACGACUCAUCCGAGUUCGAAUGCAAAUCAGAGAAAAAAAAACAUACUUCAAAGAAUUUUUCAAAGAAUCAGAAAAGUCUUUCAUAAAAGGAAAUGAAAAUCCUACAUUGCUAACUGCAAAUUGUCUCUAUGACAACAACAACGACAACAUUAAUUUCAUCAACAACAACAAUCUUCAGAGAAAAUGGAAAUUCCACAGCAAAUGA